UCAACACUGUCAACACGCCGUCAAAUCUUCAGAAAGUUAGGUAUUAUGUGAUUUUAAAUUACCAUAAAUUUCUAUUAAUCAAAGCUCGUAGUUUUUCUACAAAUAAUCCCUGAAGAGGAUGUCUAAAUUGAUCUUGAAACAUAUUGGUUCCGUAGUAGCAUAAAAAAUUCGGAGAAAGAAUAAGGAAAAAGUGAGAGAAAUGGCCGAAGAUACAAGCAAAAAGCAAGAAAAAAAGUCUUGGUCAGAAGCUGAGCGCUUGGAACUUGCAGAAAAAUUAGAUGCAGAAUUAGAUGAUUAUAUAAACAAUUUAGAAAAGAAGUCAUACACAGAAGGAUGGCCUGAAGAUAAAUGGCAAGAAGAAAUGGAAAAACAUCCAUUUUUUAUGAAAAAUGCUCCGAACCCUGGAGACGAACUUUCGCCUCUCAUGGAAGGAUUGCAACAACUCAAAUACAGUGCAGAGGAAAAUUCCCCGGAAGAAUUAGCGAAUAAUUACAAAGAAGAUGGAAAUUUUAAUUACAAGUAUAAAAAAUAUCGUCUCGCGAUUAUCAGUUAUACUGAAGGCAUUAGGACAAAAUGUAAAGACACAGAUUUGUUGGCUCAGCUUUAUAACAAUAGAGCAGCUGCGAAUUUUAUGUUAGAGAAUUACCGAUCAUGUCUGAGUGACUGUAAAGAAGCCUUGAAAUUGAAACCAAAAUAUCCGAAGGCUUUAAGCAGAGCUGCAAAUUGUUAUUUUAAAAUAAAGGAUUACACUCGGUGCAUUGAAAUUUGUGAUCAAAUUCUCGAGGAGGCACCGACUGAUAAAUCUGUCAUUAAGCUCAAAUCCGAGGCAAUAACUGAAAAGAAACGUCAUGAAAGGGAUUUGAGAAAGCAAGACGUUAAAGAAAAGAAAUAUGAAAAGCAAGAAGAAAAAGUUCUUCGGGUUAUUCUCAGUAGAAAAAUCAAACUGGAUUCAAUGAGCGGUAAAGGCAUUGCAGAAUUGAAGGAUUUGGAACCACAAGUACCACAAAUAGCUCAAAAUGUUGUCCACUUGGAUGGAAAUGAGAAAUUAAUUUGGCCAGUCAUGAUUCUCUACCCGGAAGUCUUUCAGACCGAUUUUAUUCAAAACUUUCAUGAAGACUCGACGUUCGAAGAGCAACUCGAAGAACUUUUUAAAGAUCCUCCUCCAUGGGAUAUGGGCAGAAAAUACAGUACGAAAAGUGUCAAUGUGUAUUUUGAAGGACAUAACAAAAUGAGUGUCAAUAAAAUAGAUAUCCGGAAAACGCUUUGUCAGAUUUUACAAGACGACAGGUUUAUCAUUCGCGGAGGCACGCCAUCGUUUUUAGUCUUGCCAGCAAACAGCGAAGCUGAAAAACGACUUUUAGCUAAUUAUUAAUUAUUGUAUGAAAUACAUCUUAUUUCAGUGUAUUAUGUGAAAGUUUAUACCGAAUAUAUUUAUUUUUAACUUACAGUUAUAAGAAAUGACUCGACACACAAUUAUUUAAACAAAACAAAAAUUUCUGGUCAUUUUGUAGUUACCAAACACUUUCCCAAGUCAUAGAAAUAAAAAAAUUCUAACUCUCAUACCUGAAAAAUGUUAACCUUUAACCCUCAAAGUGCAUACAUGGUUAAAAUCACAGUAAACUGCUUCGUGGGUGUUCAAAACCCCAGCGUAUUUAAUCAUGUAUUGUUUAACCCCUAUUGAAUAUUUUGUCACAAUAAAA